UCUACCAGCAGCAAUGGCUCCCAGCUUCGGCCGCUCCAUCUCCUUCCCGAUCAGCCCCAGGCCCCGCGCCGCCGCCUGCCACGUCCGCUCCAUCAGCCUCCCCUGCCGCUCCCACCCGCUCCUCGCGCACCUCCACACCCAGACCGCCGCCGCCCGCUUCUGGGCCGCCAACCCCACCGCGCCCUCGUCCGGCCUCGCCCACGUCGACGCGCUCCACGCCGCGCUCGCCGAGCUCCUCCUCCUCCCGGAGCCCCAGGACGCGGUGCGCAGCGCCGCCUCCGACCGCCUCCUCGACGCCUUCCUCCUCCUCGCCGACGCGCACCGCGGCUUCCAGGAGGCGCUCCUCGCGCUCAGGCACGACGCGGCCGACGCCCGGGCCGCCCUCCGGAGGCGCGACGCCGCCAGGCUCGCGUCCGCCGCGCGCUCCCAGCGCAGGAGCGAGAAGGAGAUCGCCCGCCUCGCCGCGGCCGUGUCCUCCGUCGCCGCCGCCGCCAAGUGCGCGCGCCUCACCGAGGAGACCGAGAUGGCCGCCGCGCUCAUGGAGGCGGCGGCCGCCAGCGCCGCGGCCUCCGCGGCCGUCUUCUCGGCCGUCGCGUCCAUGUCGGCGGCCGCGUCCUCUUCCAAGAAGACAGCGACCUUCGCCGCCUUCGCCAAGAAGGCCGCGCCGGUGGCGGCCGAUGUGGCGCCGGAGAAGCUCGAGGAGCUUGAGCAGUGCAUUGACGAGUGCGAGAGCGGCAGCGAGAUGAUGUUCAGGAGCAUUGUUCGGACUAGGGUGUCAUUGCUCAACAUUCGUACUCCGGCAAUUUAACUGAAAUUAGAGAACCAUCACCAAGAGAAAGCUAAUUAAUUAACUGAUGUACACUAGUAGCUAGAGAUCAGUAUAUACUGUACAGAAAACAUAUAUAC